UGAAGCGUGUGUAUUUCAGCGACUACGGUCUGGGAGCAGCUGGGCAGGGCAGGGCUCACAGGCUAAUGACAUCAUCCACGAAGAGGAGAGACAGUCGGGAGCGAGCGAGCGAUCUCUUCUCAGGCUGUGAGAGGAAGGGUGGCCUGCUCAGAUCAGGAGGAGAGCGGCGGCGGCAGCAGCAGCAGCAUGAGAGCGGGACGGUGUCUGAGCAGCAGAGGUGCACACAGCGCUGAGUUGACUUUGACAAGGAUAUAGGACGCAGUCUGGGGAAAUUUUCUUCCUUUUGGUUUCUCCUCCUCUUCCAUUCGUCCAUCCCUCCCCCUUCCCCUCGCCCCUCUCCCCUCCGUCCUCUGAAAGUUAUCCCCUCUCUCAGCUCCUGCUUCAGGCGGCUCCUCCGGGCAUGCUCCUUAAGCCAAAGUAUGACCGCUUUCGCAACGAGUCUGUAACCUCCUCCGACGACCUGAUGCAGAGUUUAGCCAUGAGCAGCAAAGUCGUGGCCACGCCGGCGGUCUCCUCCUCCGCACAGAGUCUCCCCCUUCCCCCUCUGCCUCCUCUGGACCCCAGCGCCAGGUCCUCCUCCUCUGCCGGGGCCGCAGCCCUGGCAGACUCCCCGUGCCUGGAUGGGGAGCAGGAGGCCACCACGACCUUCUGCAUGCUCAUCCCCAAGAUGCCCCAGUGGAAGUUCUCCAACUCCUUGCUCAGCCGGAGCCCGUCCGGCUCCAGCAAGGACUCGGCCAAGGCGGCGUCUUCCCAAGCCUCCUCGUCGUCGAACAGGAGCGGCGGGGCCGGAGCGGCCAGCGGCCCCGUGGCCAGCCUCGCGGCCGUGCUUAACUCCUGUGACCCUGUCUGUGUCACCCCCUGUUCCCUGCAGGCCAUCAGAGGGCAGCGGGCGGUAGCGGCGGCCGCGACGUCUGGCAGUCCGGGAGGACACGGGUUUGGGGUCGCUGCGGAGGUCACGGUGAGCCCCGGUGUCUCCGGCAGCUCCAGGUCAGGAAUGAGCCGCAGGACGAGGGUGGAAGGCAUGUGGCUGGGGGGAGAGGACCUCCACAGCAAGGGCAGCUUCAUCCACAAACCCUCUCAGGGCUGGCUUCACCCGGACAAGAAGAUUGUUGGGCAAGGAGCUUCUUACAUUGUAAGGUACAUGGGUUGCAUUGAGGUGCUGAAGUCAAUGCGCUCCCUGGACUUCAACACGCGGACUCAGGUGACAAGGGAAGCCAUCAACAGACUUUGUGAGGCAGUGCCUGGAGGAAAGGGGGCUUGGAGGAAAAAGGUCCCAAGCAAAGCUCUGCAGUCAGUCAUGGGAAAGAGUAACCUGCGGUUCGCAGGCAUGAACAUUGCUGUCAACAUCUCUAUUGAUGGCCUUGGCCUGCUCAUCCCGACAACACGGCAGGUGAUUGCACACCACCCCAUGCAGUCCAUCUCCUUUGCCUCUGGAGGAGACACGGACACACCAGACUAUGUUGCAUACGUAGCCAAAGAUCCAGUAAAUCAAAGAGCGUGUCACAUCCUGGAGUGUUCGGACGGUUUAGCCCAGAGCGUCAUCAGUACCAUAGGUCAGGCCUUUGAGCUGCAGUUCAAACAGUAUCUACACAGCCCCCCUAAAACCAUCUCAUCUGUAGACAGGCCCGUCAGGACAGAGGAGCCGAUGUGGGGCGAGGAUGAGGAUGCAUCUGAGCACGACUACUACAACAGCAUCCCUGGAAAGGAGCCUCCCGUUGGGGGGGUGGUGGACUCCAGGCUGAGGGCCAGCGGGACCCUCCUGGGUCACAUCCACACCCAGCCACAGAGCAAGACGUCAGUUCAGAUGGGCUCGCAGGCCAGGAGGGAGCAGGGGUCUUACCCACCGGGUCAGCUCUGUUACGAGCUUCACUGGGACACUGACGCCACCUGUAGCUCAGAUGGUUACCUGUGUGCUGACGGUCAGCCACCAGGAAGCAAGGACUAUGAGGAGCACCAGUAUGUAAACACGCAGAGUCUGGAAAACCUUGAAUCACUUACGCAGGGAGCUGAUGGCCAUAGAGGGAUCAGGGCACAUGACAGUCCCAAAAAGGACCUCUUUGAUAUGAGGCCCUUCGAGGAUGCCCUGAAACUUCAUGAGGCAUGUGGAGGGGCUGCUGGCUCCAGUGCGCAAGGAAGCUCUGCCUCUCAGGCCGGAGGAGGGGGUGUUCGAAACUUAGAGGACCAAUGGCCCAGCCCGCCGAGACGCAGAGCCCCGGUGGCCCCGAAUGAGGAGCAGCUCCGCAGGGAGACGUGGUACCACAGCCGCAUGAGCCGGCGAGACGCGGAGAAGCUCCUGGUCCGAGAUGGAGAUUUCCUCGUCCGCGAGAGCACCACCAACCCCGGGCAGUACGUGCUAACAGGCAUGCACUGUGGCCUGCCCAAACAUCUGCUGCUGGUGGACCCAGAGGGAGUGGUCCGAACGAAAGACAUGUUGUUUGAGAGUAUAAGCCAUCUCAUAACGUACCACCUGAAGAACGAGCUGCCAAUCGUCGCAGCGGAAAGCGAGCUUCACCUUAAACAAGCUGUCCGCAGGAAACAAUGAGCCGCGUGGCUUGGAGUGAGAUGAUGAAGUCUUCUGUACCCAGGGAAACAUUGGGCCUAAAAACUGAAUGGAUGAUUUUCCAUCCCGGAAGAACACUUGGACAUACUUCCAAUGAAAGUAGAGAAUCGAGCAAAGUCUUUUCUUCCCUCUGGCUGCCAGGCUAAACCAAAUUUUGUUCCGUAUGUGUCUCAAACUCCUCAGCAUGCAGACAUUAAGCGAACCAGAAUGCAGAUUUUCAACGGCACAUCAGUGAGCGUCAAAAACUAGCAAGUGCUUCCAGUCAUCCACCGCCUCGUUGUUAGCGGCCAUUCUUUCUGCCAAUGGGGAACGUCACCAGAAGGAAAACUGAAAAGGAAUUUUCUGGUACAGAUAUAAAAUCAAGAGAUUUCAGAUUGAGAAGCUGAUUUCUGCAGAGAUGCAGGAAGUGACUGUAAAUUUACGAGUACGAGAAGCAAAUGAAGACAAGUCUCUCUCUCUCUCUUAGAGAUGCACGGACUGUUAUUUUUACACCGGUCUGCAGUAUCUGAGAAGGCACAAAGGAGAAACACUGAGCUCAAUUCAGCGUUGGGCGUCUGAACUGCACACGCUUCUGUAGUUUCUCUUUUGCCACAGGAUCAAAUGAAGCUUUUCUACAGUUUUCAUCUCUACUUGUCUGGUUUGCUGUUAGUAAGAAGUUGAUCGCAUUUGAUAAACCUGUGCAAGCCCGUGACCACCUACUGAGAAGACUUCACUCAGUGAUAAAGCCUACAUCCUGGGUCAAAGCUGAAGUCUUCGAUUUUAACUCACUGUACAGGUGCAUCUCCAUAAAUUUUAAUACCAUUCAUUUACAUUUAAUUAGUUAAUACAGUUAAAAAAGUAAAACUCGUAUAUUCUAUAGAUUCGUCACACAAAGCGAAAUACUCAAUUUUGAGGAUUAUGACUUAAAAUUAAUGAAAACCUGACAAUAUGGUUCCAAAAAAAUUUGUAAUUGAAGCAGAAUUAUUAUUUUUAGAAUUAAUUAAAAUCAACACAUGUUAUUUUAUGGCCAUGGUAUUAUGACCUGCACAACGAUGGCUAAGACAGCUGACUUGACAGUCAUUGACAUCGUCCACAUGGAGAAAGAGUCACAAAAGGUUUAGAGAAGCUGACUGUUCACAGAGUGCUGUAUCCAAGCACGUUAUUGGAAAAUUCAGUGGAAAGAAAAACUGUGGUAGAAAAAGGUGCACAUCGAUGUAUCCAGGACACGGGCUAUGGCUGUCAUGUUCCUCAUGUCAAGCCACUCCUGAAGAAGAGACGAUGCCCAAAGCGUCUUUCGUGGGCAAAAGAGGAAAAGGACUGGGAUGUUGCCCAGUGGUCAUUUGAAAAUCAAAGUACCAGAGUCUGGAAGAAGACUGACGACACAUAGGCUGCUUGAGGUCCGGAGAGAAGUUUCAAUAGCCAGUGACGGUUCGGGGUGCCAAUACAGACUCAGAUUUCAUUUUCCCGCAGGGCUUGGAACCUCCCCAUACUGCUAAAAGUACAAAUACCCCAGUUUAAUGAUCAUGGUAACCCGGUAUUUGGUUGGACAGACAGCUUUCCUUACCUGAACCACAUGGAGAGAGCUGUGUU